UGGAGACGGUUACAAGGAACAAGAUCUGCUCUCGGAUUUAAAAAGAGGAAAGAAAGGAGUAGGAAACAAAUCCAGGACCGAAUUGAUGUGUCUGUCGGGUCCGAAAUGCCUCCGACUCUCUUCCAGAAACUUUUCAACAAGAGGAAUGCGUUUUCGUCGCCGCCCCCGAGAUGCAGCAAAGGGGACCCCGCGUUCAGCUGGCCAGUCCCCCAGCUGGAGCCCGGUCAGAUCCGGCUGAUCGUCUACCAGGACUGUGAGCGGCGCGGGAGAAAUGUCCUCUUCGACUCCAACGCCAAGAAGAAGAGCUCGGAGGAAACUCCCAUCGCCAGCGCCGAGGGUCAGGCCAAGAUGUUCGGCAAGUGCUGCCAGCUGCGUCCUACAGGGGGCAGCAGCAGCUCCCUGGACAGCUCCUCCUCCUGCACCUCGGACACCAGGGACGCCAAGGAGCCCGGCAUCCGCUUCCAGGGCUCCAGGUGCUCGUCCGACGUGGUGAUGCUCGGGGAGAUGAUGUUCGGCUCCGUGGCGAUGAGCUACAAAGGCUCCACGCUCAAGAUCCACCACAUACGAUCGCCUCCUCAGCUGAUGCUGAGUAAAGUGUUCACGGCCAGGAUGGGAGGCAGUGUGUACGGCAGCCUCAACACGUUACAGGACAGCCUGGAGUUCAUGGGUCAGGACGGCAGCACCCUGAGGCCCGACCAGAACACGGGGCCCAGCGGGCUCCUGGGGAGCAGAGGACUGUCUCAGCUGUGCAGCCCGCGGCGGGCCUUCUCUGAGCAGGGCCCUCUGCGCCUCAUCAAGAGCGCCUCUUUCUUUUCAGGCCACAGCCACCCCAUGGACAUGCCGGGCCGAGGGCUCCACGACGAGAGGGACAGCGGCAUCGCCCGGUCAGCGUCCCUGAGCAGCCUGCUGAUCACCCCCUUCCCGUCUCCCGGCUCCUCGCUGACCAGCAGCUGUGCGUCCAGCUACCAGCGCCGGUGGCUCCGCAGCCAGACCACCAGCCUGGAGAACGGCGUCUUCCCCCGAUGGUCGGUGGAGGAGAGCUUCAACAUGUCGGACGAGAGCGGCGUGCCGAGCCUCGGCACGGCGCGCAAGAAGAAGAUCGCCAUCGGGGUCAUCUUCACGCUGUCGGCCGACGCCGGGGAGAACAGCCGCUUCCAGGAGUUCUUCUUCUCCCACUUCCCGCUGUUCGAGAGCCACAUGAACAAACUGAAGAGCGCCAUCGAGCAGGCCAUGAAGAUGAGUCGGCGGGCAGCUGACACCAGCCAGAGGGCGGCGGCCUACAGCCGCAUGGUGGACGGCCUCAACGAGUUCAGGAUGACCAUCUGCGACCUGUACACGAUGCCCCGGGUGUCCGAGCCCGUGUGGUUGACCAUGAUGUCCGGGGCGUCGGAGAAGAACCAGCUGUGUGGCCAUUUCAUGAGGGAGCUGUCGCUGCUGAUGGAGACGGCCUCCAAGAACCAGUUCCUGCCGGCGCUGCUCACGGCGGUGCUGACCAACCACCUGGCCUGGGUUCCCACGGUGAUGCCCAACGGCCAGCCGCCCGUCAGGAUGUUCCUGGAGAAACACUCGUCCAAGAGCGUGGACCUGCUGGCCAAGACACACCCCUACAACCCCCUGUGGGCGCAGCUGGGAGACCUGUACGGGUCCAUCGGGUCCCCGGUGCGGCUGUCCAGGACCGUGGUGGUGGGCCGCCGCCAGGAGCUGGUCCAGAGGCUCCUCUACGUCCUCACCUACUUCAUCCGCUGCUCCGAGCUGCUGGAGACGCACAUGCUGGACAGCGCCGAGGACGAGGCCAUCGUCAUGCCGGGCUCCCUCAUCACCACCUCCCUCCGGAAGGGGGAGGUGGAGGAGUCGGACUACGUCCUGGUGACGGUGCACAAGCCCAGCGGCGACUACCUGACCCACGGGCGGACUGCCGGGGGGGGGGAGGGAGGCGGCUACCGGUCAGACAACAGCCUGCAGAGCAGCGCCUGCACCGACACGGAGGGGGAGGGGGGCCCCGGGGGCGCAGCCGAGGAGGAGCAAGAGGAGAGAGAGGACAGCAGUGUUCGUCAGACGGGACUCGACACCGGGGAGCCAAUCAGGGAGUCCAGCAGCCCGCCGGCCUCUGAGGCCCGGCUGGAGGCGGGGCCUCCCGUGGGCCCUGUACCCCCCAGGGACCAGGUCUGUGUGCUGGCUGCAGAGACCAAGGGGGACCUGAAGCUCACCACCCCCCCCACCCCCCCGUCCUCCAGGCCGGUCCCCUCAGAGGCAGAGACGGCUCCCCGGACCUUAGGGGUCCCUCUAGAGAAGAGCCCCACCGACAAGGACCCAGCGAUCCCCGCCGCGGGGCCCAUGGCGUUGACCCUGACAGAGGAGGAGGAGGAGGAGGAGGAGCAGCCGGCGACGAAGGUCACGUUCCUCAUCGGCGACUCCAUGUCUCCGGAGUCGGACACGGAGAGCUGCCGGAGGAACGUGGAGGAGGUGUUCAACGAGUUCAAGAAGCACCUGCAACACCACCAGGGGGCGGAGUCAACGACCGGCGGCGCCUCGGAGGACCAAACCAAGCGGGCCCCGGGGCCCCCGGCGCUGCAGCGGGUGAGCAGCACGAUGCCCAGGUGGAGGCCGACCUCUGUGGACGACUUCGAUGAGUGCUUCAGCCACGAGGAGCCGGCGGAGGAGAGGACGAUCGAGGGCGUGGCCCCGCGGCAGGAGGCCGGCGCCGCGGACAGAACGCACGCCGGCUCGCUGGACCCCGGGGGGGGGCGGGGUCUGGGUCCGGGGUCCGGAGACGCCUGCAGGAAGACAUUGUUGGACGUGGAGAGGAGGUGCCGGUGCGGAUCCACGGACUCCUGCUGCGGGGGCUGCUCCGCGGGGCGGGGGGCGGGGCAGGGGGCGGGGCUCCCGCCGGCGCCGCCCGGCGGCGGGGACCAGAAGAGCAAAGCGGCGCCGGGCGGCGCCUGGGAGAUCCCACGCAACGAGAGCUCUGACAGCGCGCUGGGAGACAGCGAGAGCGAAGACACCGAGGACUGGCAGGAGGAGGUGAUGGUGCCAUUCCCAGGCUCCCGGCUCGUGGAGAACUACUCCAAGCCGAGCAUCGCUAACUUCGGGCUCUCCCUGUUCGGCGGCUACUGCCCCAGCUACGUGCCGGACUUCGUUCUUCACGGGUUGCCGAGCGACGAGAAGCUGCGGCAGUGCCUCGUGGCCGAGUUGACGCACGCCGUCCAGCACCCGGUGCUGGACGAGCCCAUCGCGGAGGCCGUGUGCAUCGUGGCGGACACCGACCGGUGGACGGUGCAGGUGGCGAGCAGCCAGAGGAGAGUCACGGACGCCGGCAAGCUGGGGAAGGAGGUGCUGGUGUCCAGCCUGGUGUCCGGCCUGCUGCACUCCACCCAGCAGCUGCACAAGCUGCAGCUGUCGCCCAACUUCUGCAUCAUGCACCUGGAGGACCGCCUGCAGGAGAUCUACUUCAAGAGCAAGAUGCUGGCCGAGUACCUGAAGGGCCAGACCCGAGUCCCUGUGAAGGAGCUGGGCAUGGUGCUGGGGAUCGAGUCCAGCGACCUCCCCCUGCUGGCGGCCGUGGCCAGCACUCACUCCCCCUGCGUGGCCCAGAUCCUGCUAUGAGACUGUAAGGACCCCCCUGUGACCCCCCCUGUGACCCCCCAUGUGACCCGAGGCCUGAUCCUCACUACCACCGCUGUAAUGCAGACGUUGCACCACAGGGGGGCGCUAGAGACCACAUGCUGAAAUGACCUCCAGCUGUUUGAAUGUUUUAUUUUUUUAACGUUUGGACACAAAAGCGAAAGACAUUAUAAAUAUAUAUAUAUAUAUAAAAAUGUAUAUAUAUAUAUAUAUUUUGCCCAGUUUGAGAAUGAAACGUUCAGGACAUCAUCAGGAUAAAAACGAUGGAUUAUUAUUGUUCCCUCUUCGUACAAUCUUCAACCCGAAUGACGGACGACGAGUUCAAAGGAAACAGACGGAGGUUUUAUUUUAUUUCGAAUUUUAAAAGUCAAUCUCAUGCCGCUUCUGUCAUUUCACCUUAUUUUCAUGUAUUUUGUUUACAAGCCAAAUUUCCCUGCGAUUUAAAUUUAAAUGUUGUUGUUUUUAAACGGGCUGAGAAGGCGUUGACAUUCUGAAGGCGGAGUCAGCUCUACCUCAGAUCUCCACGGGCGACACGCACAGGUGACUUAAAGGUGUAAUCAGUGACGACGCGCUGCGUUCAAGGGACGCGAGGAGACGGGGGCGUCGGUUAAAUUCCCCGUGUGUGUGGGGGGUGAGGAGCUAAAGACGCGUGCGUCCUCCACGCGUAUUAUAAAAUGCUGAAAUAUUUUCAUAUUUUUUUUACGAUCUUUACGUCUUCAGAGAGAGAGAGAGAGAUUUAUGGGGUUACAUAUAUAUUAUAUAAAUAUAAACCGGUUCACACUAUUUUCAUCUUUCUUCUGUUUGGUUCUCGGCGACGUCGACGGUGAUUUUCGUUGUUUUUGCCUUUUUAAUAAUAACCAGGGUGCGAUUUUAUUUAUCAUUAAACCCACAAAGCGGCUUCAUUAUUAUUAUUUAUUAUGUUAAUGUUUGUCAUCGGUCGACACCGUUGAAAAUAAAUCUUUUUUUCUCUCCGUUAUCUCUGUUUUUGUUUUUUGGGCUAAAUAAUUCAAACUGACGGUCUUUGAGUUUAUUGAUGAGUCGAUCAAUCGACCCGAUCGCACCUCGAGGCUUGACCUUCCCUUUAAAGACUCCUCUCUCCACCAGCCAGACUUCACCCUUUCAAAAUAAAAGCCUUCGUCCCGGCGCCCCUCCUCGGUGUGUAGCCGUGUGUGUGUAUACAUGUACAGACUGUUGUAUUUCACGUGUAUUUUGUACAGAAUGUUCUUUUUAAAAAUCUCAUUUUCGGAAUCUUUUACUUUUUCUUCUCAAUUUUAUGGGAAUAUUGUGCAAUAAAGAGGCGGAGUUAGCAUCAUU